GUUGCUGGAAAUUUUCACUUUGCACCAGGAAAAAGUUUCCAACAGUCUCAUGUACAUGUUCACGAUCUGCAGAGCUUCGGACUUGAUAAUAUCAAUAUGACGCACUAUAUCAAACAUCUCUCCUUUGGAAGGGAUUAUCCGGGCAUUGUGAACCCUCUGGAUGGGACGGACGUCACUGCAGAACAAGCUUCCAUGAUGUUUCAGUAUUUUGUCAAAGUGGUCCCCACGGUGUAUAUGAAAGUAGAUGGUGAAGUAGUAAGGACUAACCAGUUUUCGGUUACACGACAUGAGAAGAUAGCCAGCGGGCUACUAGGAGACCAGGGUCUGCCUGGUGUAUUUGUGCUGUAUGAACUUUCGCCCAUGAUGGUGAAGCUGACAGAGAAACACAGGUCGUUUACACACUUUCUCACGGGAGUUUGUGCCAUCGUUGGAGGCAUAUUUACAGUUGCAGGAUUCAUUGACUCCUUGAUCUAUCACUCAGCACGUGCCAUCCAGAAGAAAAUUGAACUUGGGAAGACAGCAUAA